CCAGCAGGAGGAGGGGGUUUUACUACACAACACAGCCGCAGAGAAUAUCGGUGGAAUGUGAUGUAUCAAUCGUUGAAGCAGCACUCCAAUGGUACUAAUGUAUGACAAACCGCUGAUGUAUCAGUCCACAUUUUCCAUCUUAGCGCAUUCAUGUAUCGCCAUCUUGUGACAGCUACCGUAUCAUUAAUGUAUCAUUCUCACAACAUGGACUCCCGUGGUGGGGGAGUCAGUCACAAGUCAACUCGCAAUGCAAUACAGGUAUUUUGCAAUGACCGUGAUAUUCUAGAUUGUGUUGCUCCGAUAGUAGUAAUGCAGCCUCCGAGGAAGACGAAGAAGUGUCCGAGGAAGAUGAAGAAGGUGAACUCCCGUUCGAGGAAAACGAAGAAGGUGGACCGUCCGAGUCUGCCAUUGAUGAAGGAGUUGAAUCAGAGAUGGACGAGUAUGGUUAUGGUGCACUAGAUCAGGAAGAGGACAACACUGACAACGAAGCUGAUGAUCGAGAUGAUGGCAGCGACGACGAAGACGACGAAGUUGAUGAUGACCUGGGACCUGAGGAUGGAGAAGACGAGAACGACGAGGAGCUCGAGGGGUAUGGAGAACUUUGAUUCAUUUGUAUUCAUGCAGCGACUGAGUAGUUCACAUGACUGGUGUAAUACACACGUGCGUCCUGCCAGGCCAUACCAGAUAGCUAUAAGGCUGUCGACAUCCGUACAAGUGAGCACAAUGCUGGUGUAUAAUGAUAAGACUCGCGCCAGUCUGGUGUUCCAUUGCAAGUCUACCGCCAUGUCAUACCUGACCAUACACGUUUUAGUUUUAUUGAUGCUUCGCAAGGCGAUAAGCAUAUUACUGCACGCCAAAUUGCCAAUAGCCUUGCUUCACAAGGUAACGAAGUUAUGGUCGGACCGUCUGUAUGAGCAAAGUUCUCAAAAUAUUGGGUGGCGAUCUGCUGGCAUUGUAGAUAUAAUAUGUUCGAAAGGGGUUUUCGGGUAUAGAUCCUUCCUAUAUCUCCAUGAAGAACAACAUUCAGCACAUAAAAGCAAGCCGUCUUCCUACUGUCUCGUUCAGAUUCAUUCGAUCCCAUAUCACACACUCACAGACAAUGCGUUUCUCCGUUAUCCUCGCCGUUGCUGCUGCUUUGACAGCACAAAUAUCUGCCAGUGACGCUGACAGCGAGGGCUGUCCUAUCGUUUG